GGCAGCAUAAUAACCUUCAGCAGAUCCUCCAACGAAGACCUCGACAAGAUCCUCAAGGAGCUCACCCACAAGAUCAUCCUGCCCUCGUACCUCUCCGUCCCGCAGCGCAAGAAGCUCUUCCGCUCGCGCUGGAAACACAAGCUGGAGCAGGACCCCAUCGAGAUCGAGCUCGACGACCAGCGCAUCCGCCUACGCCACAUCGACUCGGCCGGCGGCGCUGUGCCCGCCGCCCGCCGCAUGCUGUACCAGGCCAUGGACAACAUGCGCACCACCAACGACUGGCAGAAGCUGCCCGGCCUGCUCGAGGCCCUCUGGUUCAACGCGAACCGUAGAUUCCUGCCGUCGGACUGGCCCAAGAUCGUGAGGAAAGCAGGGCAGGCAGGGCACAUGGGCCCUGUGUUCGAGGCCAUGAAGAACCCGGGGCGCACAGGCCUGAAGCUGGACUCGUCCGAGACGGUGCAGGAGGUCAUGACCGCCGUGGUCUGGCAGGCUGCGAGCGAGGGCUGGACGGCCGGGGCAACCGAGAGGGCGUACAGGAACGCGGAGAGGGUGAUACAGUUCCUGGCGGAGGAGGGCCACCAGCUGCAGGGACAGGCGAAGACGACAUUUGAGAAGACGGACCGGUUCCCGCUACGGAAGGACCCUCAGGUCCUGGCGACACCUUUGUUGCUGGCGGCAGCGAUGGUGGUCAAGCAUGGAAAGGACGGGGAGCACAUGAAGAGGCUGCGCGUCUACGCGCAGAUUGUACUGGAGCAGUGGCCUGAGAACAAGGGGCUUCUGGAGCUGCAUCCGCAUGAGGCAUACGUCGACCCCGAAGGGAUGGCGUACCUGAUGGAGAGGAACAGAUUCCUGACGGUCGCUGCACCGAUCCUGAGGGGGUUUGACCUGGCUGUCGAGGCUCUGGGCGCCGACGAGAUGGGACAGGAGCUCAAGUCGCGGAGGAACGCAGUGAGCGCAGAAGUCCAUGACGCCCUUGCGGCGGUUGAGAAGGGCAAGCGCGGGGCGACCAUGUACGAGAAGUGCUUUGCUGAGCCUCAGGUCCAAAAGACAAAGAAGGCGGCGGCAGCAGCAGCAGAAACAGCAGCAUAA